AUGGCUGAGAUCAAUGGGACUAAUGGCAAUGGCCACCAUGGAGGAGUUGUUUUGGAUGUUAAAGAUAAUGAUACUCCAUCUAACUUCACCAGGGAAGAUUCUGUCUUGAGCUUCUCUGUGCCUUUCAUGCAAAAGUUGGUAGCUGAGAUAGCCGGAACAUACUUCUUGAUAUUUGCCGGCUGCUCAUCGGUGGCUGUGAAUUUGAACUUUGACAAGGUCGUGACACAUCCAGGGAUAUCAAUAACUUGGGGAUUUGCUGUGAUGGUCAUGGUUUACUCUGUUGGUCAUAUCUCUGGUGCCCAUUUCAACCCUGCUGUCACCCUUGCCUUUGCCACUUGCAAGAGAUUUCCAUGGAAACAGGUACCGGCUUACAUAGCAUGUCAAGUCAUUGGAGCAACUCUAGCAGCCGGAACAAUCCGAUUAAUUUUUCAGGGCAAGCAAGACCACUUCACGGGAACAAUGCCGGCAGGAUCCGAUCUUCAGUCCUUUGCUGUUGAGUUUAUAAUCACAUUCUACCUCAUGUUUAUCAUAUCCGGUGUCGCCACCGAUAACAGAGCUAUUGGUGAACUUGCUGGACUUGCAGUUGGUUCAACCGUGCUCCUUAAUGUGAUGUUUGCAGGGCCAAUUUCAGGGGCGUCAAUGAAUCCUGCAAGAAGUUUGGGGCCUGCAAUUGUGUCACAUCAAUACAAGGGUUUAUGGAUUUACAUCGUAUCACCCAUCCUGGGGGCUCAGGCAGGUGCAUGGGUUUACAAUUUGAUCAGGUACACAGAUAAGCCCUUGCGCGAGAUCACCAAAAGUGCUUCAUUCCUGAAGGGCAAAGGACGUCCUUGA